UAUAGCAACCAUGAGAAAGGAAGGAAAGAAGCAAAACAAGUUUAAGCACUUCAUUUUGACCCCCAUCAGAAUUCUGAAGAAAGCAAAGGAGUUAUACGUGAAGGGAGUGGUGAAUUGUGCUGGAGCGUUGGCCGUUGGGGCAGCCUCUUCCGUUCAGAUUUCACACCACACUCACGGACCAAACAAAAGUGUGUGCAACCAAACAAGGGUCGAAAGAGAAACAUCAGUGCCAAUGCCAAUCAACCAGACGGUGAGGUUUAAAUAUAACAGAACCAAAAUGAGUUAUCACACUGAGGUCAGAAAGAUGGGGACCAUUGACGAGGAUAAACCUUGUUAUUUUGAGGAAGAUCAAAAUGGUUCCACUCCCAAGCCCAAUCUCUUGUAUCUGUAUCCCAGAACCAGGCUCUGUCUUGUCAACAAGCGCGCUGUGUAUUAUCAGUGACAGUGAGAGUGAGUAGUGAAGUAUAUAACGUAUGCACUCAAACAUUUUGUAUUCGUGAACCCCGUGAGAAGGUCACUACACAACUUUUGUCUUUUCAGCAAUUCCCUUCAUUUAUUCUUCCAACUUUUUCUACUCUUCUGCCAUGUCACA